AUGCCGAGCACAGUCUCGCUCGAAGACAAGAAGACAUACCUAGACAAUCUGCUGGCGCACAUGACUGUCGAAGAGUUGGCAUUUCAGCUCCCCCUUAUGUCUGGCAACUGGGUUGUUGGCGAGAAAUCUGACCAUGAGGGGCUUGCAAAGCUUUUACAUCUCGCCCCCGACGCUGGACUGGGUGCCAUCUGCGAUUGGUAUCCCACGUCUCCAUCUCAGUACAACGCCCUCCAAGCCCUGAACCUAUCGACCUCCCGCCUCAGGAUCCCGUUCAUAUCAAUGGGUGAAUGUCUACACUCCGUCUUUUCAAACCGGCAAUCCGUAUUCCCUCAGGCUCUGUCACUUUCAAGUUCCUUUGAUCUGGAUCUUGUGAAACGUGUCGGACGUGCUCUCGGAGCUGAAGCGAGGGCCAUUGGGAUCCAUGCCAACUUUUCGCCAGUGCUUGACAUUGCAAAGGAGCCUCGUUAUGGGAGAAGUCAGGAGACAUUCGGCGAAGACUACGUUCUGGUCAGCCAUAUGGGCGUCGCAUACACCCAGGGUCUGUCAAAGGAUGGCGCUAUAGCUGAUAACGACGCAACCCCUGCAGUUAUCAAGCACUUCGCUGGUCACGGAGCUCCCCAGGGGGGAUUGCAUUCGAAUGCGUGGUCAGGCCGUGGUCGCCGCGAGCUGUUGACCGAGGUCCUACCACCCUUUAAAGCGGCGAUCGAGCAAGGGGAAGGAGGUGUGAGAGGUGUCAUGAUGUCUUAUACGGCAGUCGAUGACAUCCCUGCGCAUCUCGACCCGUUCCUGUACGAUCGGCUUGAGGAAUGGGGCUAUGACGGCUUUGUUAUCUCGGAUUGGUGUGGACUCGAGGAACAAGUGACUGGUCAUCUCACUGCCAAAUCGCCAAUUGAUGCUAUUCGCCAGUGGCUCAACGCUGGUGGUGGUAUUUUCCUGUACGACUUUACACCGGAUAUCAUUGUGAGCUCGAUCGCGGAACUCGCCAAGAACGGAGAAGUCGACCUGGCAACACUCCAGGAGCGCGUCAGAAAGGUGCUAGAGGUCAAGUAUGACCUAGGCCUCUUCCAAAAUCCAUACAUGGACGAUGAUAUCGAAUCCCAGGAAUUCACGCUCAAUCACAUCCCACUUGCCCUUGAAGCCGCCCAGAAGUCCAUUUUCCUUCUGGAGAAUCGCAACUCAACACUUCCACUUCGGCUAUCCGAGAAGGGUAUCAAGAAGAUCGCCGUGGUUGGACCAUUCGCAGAUAACUUCAAUUUCGGGUCUUACUCGGGCACAUGGGGAGCUAACCCGACAGAUAGAGCCAGUACCAUCCGUCAAGGUAUCAUUGAACAUCUGGCACAAAGCGGAGAGGGGGAUGUGAAAGUUUUCUCUGCGUGGGGGGCCAACAGCUGGACUUACAACGCGCAGUACCCGAUUCCUGGUUACCUGUUGUCUGCAAAUGGGUCUCCAGGGGGACUUCAAGCGACAUACUACCAGGAUAGCGACUUCAAAAAAGAGGCAUACAAAGUGGUAGAAACACCGAACCGUGACUGGGGUCUGUAUCCUCCUGUUGGCAUCGAGUCCACCAGUUUCGGCGUGGUAUGGGAAGGUCAGCUCGAUGUUCCGGUUAGCAGUCCGGUACAUGGAUCCCUAGGUGUCGCUGUCCUCCCGAAGACAUUCGCCCGGUUGUAUAUUGAUGGCAAGCUCGUGUACCAGACAGAGGAAGGAAGUGGCACUACGAUCCUGAGAGAGAUCAUGCCGUACACGUUCAGCACGGAGCACGGAACCGAGCUGCCACCAGGAGGACGUGAUUUUGUCUUUAGACCUGGCUGUAAACAUCAAAUUCGAGUGGAGUGUGAAGUGCAUCCGAACUGGCCUCGCACAAGCGCUGCUGGAGUCCAUUCAAGGGUUCAGUUGUGGUGGAAUUUGGUGGACCGCAAGGAUGCUGUUGGCCAGGCCACGCAAGUAGCCUCCCAUGCCGACGUGAUUGUUCUGGCCGUCGGGGCCGCGUGGAAUAGCGAUGGCGAAAAUGGAGAUCGAGCGGAUCUGGGCCUGUCGCCUGAUCAGACAAGACUUGCACGGGGGAUUUUCUCCUUGGGAAAACCUGUGGUAUUGGUCUUGGAGGGAGGUCGGCCCUUUGCUAUUCCUGAGUUUUACGCACAGUCUGCUGCAGUCCUCAGUUCCGGCUUCCUUGGUCAAGCAUCUGGCCGGGCCAUUGCAGACGUGCUGUUUGGCAACUUCAACCCUGGUGGGCGCCUUACAAUGAGCGUUCCAUACGAUGCGGGUGCUCUUCCCGUCAAUUACAACCAGCGGACGACGAAGGAUCUCGCUCACAUACCGUAUUACCUCGAUAUUCCGAAGCCAGCAAUAUAUUCGUUUGGAUACGGAUUGUCAUAUACCACGUUCUCUCAGGAACUGCAGGGGGCCGAGCCAAUUGAAGGUGAAUGCAACGGCACUUUUGCCCACGGCGGUACUAUCAAAUUCACCGUGUCCGUCAGGAACACCGGUACUGUCGCUGGAUCCCAUGUGCCCCAGAUAUAUCUUCUGAGACGUGAGGGAUCAUCUGUCACCACGGCCAACAAGCAGCUUGUCGCUUUUACGCGCCUACACAUUGAGCCUAGACAGACCAAGACCGCCACAAUGGACCUGGAGGUGGAUCGGUUUCUUCCAGUGAUCAACCGUUCGUACGAGCGUGUUUUGGAAACCGGAGAGUACAAGUUCGCCCUGAUGGACGAUGGAUCGCCCGAGGCGCCAGCGAUUGGAGAGGUUAUGCUGACGGUUAGGGAAUCCUUCAAGUAUGACAAGUAUUAA